AUGUCCUCUGCCAUCCUCAAUCUCAAAUUCAAGGGCCAUAAGUCCUUUGUCCCUUUCAGCAACGUCGACGAUGCGGAGAGUCUAACCAAGAUGUGGAAGGUGACCGACACUGCUGAGGCCGGUGUGACGAACGAGUACCGCGCCGCGACGAAGAGCGGUCUGAUGUCUGCAACGGAGGAUCUGCGGCCCUCACCCGCACACACGGCCGCGCUGCUCCAGUUCGGCGACGUUUACACGCGUGAAAUGGGCUACUCACUCAUCGAAUCGCCAGGGCUCUUUGCAGGUGGCCCGACGCUAGGGUCGACCCGGACAAAGCUUUAUCCAGACGCGUGGCCUGUGACGAUCACCAUGGCCUCGAUCGCAAUGCUGCAGAUCGCGUUAUUCAACUUGCUCAGCUCAGGGGGUGUCCGCCCUGCGCCUACAUAG